ACCGCUCGCCGCCCCGUGGACCCCUCCUUUGCUGAUGAGAUGCCCCAGGCGCCCGUGCGGCCCUUUAUGGCAAUCUCCCGACAUGAACUCGCGGAGGCGGUGGCCUCCACCUCCAGUCGCUCCGCCCCCGGCCCGGACCACAUGAGGUGGCCCUGG